CUUUGUAGUUUUGUGUUUCUUUGUGGUCAUUUUGAGUCUCUUGGUUGGUGUGUUUCUCUUUGAGUGACAUUUUGUGAAGGGCAGGGGGGCUCCUGACACUUUAGGCCCCCUUGGCCUCUAGCCCAGUAGACCCGUUCAGUAAUCCAUCCAUGGUGAACCGCUCUACCUUUCUAAAUAUUUAAAGCCUAACUAGCUUUCAGUAUCUGGUUGCAGUCUGGAGAGGAACACAACAAUGGUCCAGCUCGUGUCUUCGCUGGGACUGUUCUGCCAGGUCAAUGCGUUUGCCUGCCUGCUUCUCUGCUACCUGCUCUUCAUUCUGCUGGGAGGUCUGGUGUUCACGGUGGUGGAGAAGCCCGUGGAGGUGGAGCUGAGGGCCGAGGUGGAGGAGCUGCGUCGCUCCUUCCUGCGGGAAAACCCCUGCGUCCGAGAGAGCGGGCUGAGCGAGCUGCUGGGGAACGCUCUCUCCGCUCACCAGAGCGACGUAGCGGUUCUGAAGGCCGACGCCGAUGAGAGACGCUAUGAUUUCGUGUCGUCGCUCUACUUUGUCAUCGUCACUCUGACCACCAUGGGUUCUGACUCUUACACCCCCAAAUCAGACAAAGCCAAGCUCUUCUGUAUCUUCUACUGCGCCCUGGGGAUCCCCCUCACCCUGUUGCUCCUCACCCUCCUCUCCAACCUCCUCCUCCCCACGGUCACCCACGCUCCCGUCCACCACCUGCACACUUACUGGGGUUUGCCCUACACCCGGGCCACCUUCGUCCACGUCGGCCUCCUCUCCGUGCUCGUCCUCGUCUUCCUUUUCCUCCUCCCGGCCCUCCUGGUCUGUGCAAUGGAGCCCGACUGGAGCUUCCUGGAUGCUCUUUUCUUCUGCUUUGUCGUCCUGAGCACCGUUGGCCAGGGACGAAACUCUCUGGGGAGAAACUGGGAGCCGUCAGCCAAGGAGACACUCCAACUCCUCACCACAUGUUACCUGCUGGUGGGCCUGGUGGUGAUCAUCACCUUCAAGGAUACUGUCCUGCAGGUUCCCCGGGUCUGUGCGGUGAUAAGGCUCUUCUCUGGUCCGCAUUAUGCGGAGCUGGAAGGUGUCCACCUCAGUGAACUGACAGUUGGUGAAGAAAGCUGUGAGGAGCCUCAGUACUCCCAGUCCAUCUGCACCAUCUCCACUCCACUAGAGCUGACGGGCCCCGCUUUCGCACACAGAGCCAGAACCUCAACUCCCGAAACACCCUGACCUUCACAGCUGGACCCCAGACCGUCUACGGCCCACCAGCUUCUGACUUGCAACGUUGUGUAAGUCAGAAGUGUUUCUUUUUUUUCGUUUUCUCUUCACUGCCUUCUGGAUUACUGGAUGUCAGAUGCAUUCAUUUUUGGCCACAUGGGGGCAGUAGAACAAUCUGAAAAAACACAACAUUUACACAGUAUGUCCUUUUUAACGUUGGUGAACAGACACCACAUCUAAAUGGCUUGUUGAGUCACAUGUUUUCUGAUGGUGAAACAAAAAACAGACUUAUUUCACAGUUAGUGGGAUAUGUGAGAAAUGUGUGCACAAACACUGAAACAGAAUUUGUCAUGAUACUUCCCUGUUAAAUGAGCAGGUAGCAGGUACAACAAGUGACCACAAGAUGUCACUAAUAACUAAUGUCCAGCUGCAGGUCUGUGUGAAGACUAAGAAACAGCAUGGGCAGAUUUACACACUGAAUCCAUCAUUAAUUCUUUAUUUUAUUUACAUUUGUGCCCCUUACCUAUGUUGGUAUUAAUAUGUUUGGAUGUCAGAUAAAAGCUGCUGAAUGACACAUAUAAUAUUCCAGCACAAACUGAGCCUCACGCUGUUUGUACAACCAGGUUCUUCUCAAACAACUCUCCAACUCUGCCUUUUUAAUUUACUCCGUUAUUACCUCCACCAAGGAGGUUGUGUUUGUUUUUUAUGUGCGUGUGUGUUUGACUUCAGGAUUACAGAGAAACAACAGCCCCGAUUCUCAUGAAAUUUGGUGGAAGGGUGUAGCAUGGACCAAGGAGGAACCCAUUCAAUUUUGGAAUGGAUCCAAAUCAUGGAUUGGAUACAUUUCACACAUACAUCAAACAUUUCAGGUUUGUUGACUUCAGUGUGACCUCCAAAUCCCAUCAGAUUUCAUUGUAGCAACGGAUGUAUUUAUUUCGGUGAGUCCAGUGUUAUCAUACUUCAUGUUGUAAUAAAGCAGAGUCCCACACUGAUUAAAGAAUCGAUGCAGCGGAUCCAGAGAUCUCAUCUUUUUUUUUUUAAUUUUGUUUUUUUUA